AUGCCGUCCUAUGGUUCCUUGCAGCUUCAAGCACGCUCUACACUCCAUCAGGCUUGUUAUUUUUGGCCAAACGUAUGUCCAGAACAAGAAUUAGCAAUGGUGGCUCAUCAGCAGCCGUGUGUUCAAGCCUUCGCCCGUUUUGUGAAAACAUGGAAACAGGAUUGUGCAGUCCGGAGGUGGUGUGUGAGCCAUGAGAGGAGGACUGGCUACUAUACCAUCUACAAGCAAGUGUACAGCGUGGAACAUCGCACCGUCUUUAAAUGCUGUCCGGGCUGGGGCAGGAGAGAGGAUGAUGAACCUGGAUGCUUACGCCCUUUGUGCUCUGUCAGUACCUGCUUCAAUGGAGGGAAAUGCUCUGGUGAAACAACUCAGAUGUGCUACUGUUCAGAGGGAUUUCAGGGCUCACACUGCCAAUAUGAUGUAAAUGAAUGUGCUGUGGAGAAUGGAGGCUGUCAGGAACAGUGUUGCAAUACAAUCGGUAGCUACUAUUGCAAAUGUCCAACAGGCCAGAAGCUGGGAGAAGACAAGAAAACCUGUGAAGAUAUUGACGAAUGCACAGUAAGAAAUGGAGGCUGCCAGCAGAGUUGUAUUAACACUGUGGGGUCCUACCACUGUGAAUGCGAUAAAGAAUAUCGACUGCAUACUGAUGGACGUACCUGCAUAAGGCUUGACCCCUGUGCAGGUGGAAAUGGUGGCUGCUUACAUAUCUGCCGAAAUGAAAGUGGACUUGCAAAGUGUGACUGCUAUUCUGGACAUCGCCUUUCUGCAGAUGGGAAGUCUUGUGCAGAUAUUGACGAAUGUGCUGAGGGGACAGCUAGAUGUACUCAUCGCUGCGUGAACACUCUGGGGUCUUUUGCCUGUAUUUGUAAUCCAGGCUUUGAGCUUGGGGCUAACGGGAGACAAUGCUACCGCAUCGAAAUGGAAAUUGUCAAUAGUUGUGAAGACAACAAUGGCGGUUGUUCUCAUCUCUGUGAGCAUUCAACCAGUGGGCCUCUGUGUUCUUGUAACCAAAGAUACGUCUUGGAUUUGGAUGGGAAGACAUGCACAGACUUGGACGAAUGUGAGACAGGAGAUGGCUGCUGUUCACAAUUCUGCAUCAACUACCUCGGAGGCUACGAGUGUGGCUGCAAGGCAGGAUUCCGGCUUAACCCUGACGGCUGUGGGUGUGAUGAUGUGGACGAAUGCCUCGCUGACACUGAUGGUUGUGACCAACGCUGCAUUAAUUCCUUGGGUUCCUAUGAAUGUGCAUGUGAGGAUGGAUACCGGCUUGGCAUCAAUGGACAGUCUUGCAGCUCACAAGAUGAUGAGGAAUUAGAAGAGGAAGACGAAGAGCUGGAAGAUGUCAAGAUUCCUUACCUUCGCUUCAGAAGUCCACCUCAGCUCCUUCAUUUCAGUACCUCACUUGAUUCCUUCUAUGAGGAUCUGGAACAAGAUGUUCGUGGAGAACUUGCUCUUGAGCACAAAACCGUUUGCCUGGAUAACACAUUUGGCAGUGACUGCAGCUUAAGCUGUUCUGAUUGUAUGAACAGAGGGAAAUGCAGCAGUGAAAACAGCAGCUGUGACUGCCCACCUGGUUGGACUGGCGUUAUCUGUAAUGAAACCUGCUCCGUGGGGACCUACGGGAAAGAUUGUCGCAGCCUCUGCAAGUGUCAGAACGGAGGUUCCUGCGACCCUGCGACAGGGGACUGUCAUUGCCCACCAGGAAUUAAUGGAAAGUUUUGUGAAGACGGUUGCCCCAAAGGACGUUUUGGGAAGCACUGCAACAAGAAAUGUAAUUGUGCUCACAAUGGACACUGCCACAGAUUUUAUGGAGCCUGUUUGUGUGACCCCGGGUUGUACGGCCGCUUUUGCCACCUAACUUGUCCCAAAUGGGUCUUUGGAGCAGGAUGCUCAGAAGAAUGCUGGUGCUUAAAACAGAACACUUUGGAUUGCGAUCCCAGAAAUGGUUCAUGCAUCUGUAAACCAGGUUAUGAAGGAAACAAGUGUCAAAAAGCAUGUCCUGCUGGUUACCAUGAAAACUGCUUGCUGCAAUGCAGCUGUAAUAGCAAUGCUGUGUGUAACCCCAUCACGGGGGAAUGUGUGUGUCCCCCACGUUGGAUCGGCCAUGUCUGCAAGCAAUGUUGCCCCAAGGGAACAUUUGGCCCAAGCUGUAAGUCCAGCUGUCAGUGCAAGAACGGAGCUGCCUGCGACUCCGUGAGUGGAGCCUGCGAUUGUGCAGCUGGCUGGCUGGGAACCUUUUGCGAGAGAGCUUGUCCAGAUGGCCUUUUUGGGCUCGAGUGUCGCCAGGUGUGUGACUGUAAGAACGCAGCUGCCUGCGAUCACAUCACUGGAAUGUGCCAGUGCCUCCCUGGCUGGAUGGGACCCAAGUGUGACCGACCCUGUCAGGUUAACAGUUAUGGGCAAGGCUGCCGUCCAGUUUGUAAUUGUCAGAACGGAGCGGUCUGUGAUCACACAACCGGUGUGUGUAUUUGCACAAAGGGGUGGAGAGGACCACUCUGUCAAGAAGCUUGUUUGCCAGGCUUCUAUGGUAGGAACUGCACUGAACAUUGCAAAUGUUCUUCUGGCACCCCUUGUAACCACUUGAAUGGAGAGUGUGGCUGCCCUCCAGGUUUUGUGGGCAGUGGCUGCGAAAGAACUUGUCUGCCAGGCACGUAUGGGGAGAACUGUAACCAAGUAUGUCAGUGCUCUGGAAAGAAUGAAGAGUGCCACCAUGUCACGGGCCAGUGCGGCUGCUUGCCAGGUUACUACGGAAUCCACUGUGACCUCAGCUGUCCAAGAGGUACCUAUGGCCCAUACUGCAGGCGAGCAUGCAAAUGCCUGAACGGAGGGCAGUGUGAUGCUAUAACAGGAGCCUGUGAUUGCCCUCCUGGCUUCAUUGGAGCGGACUGUGGGGAAACUUGUCCAGUGCAUCACUAUGGGAAGGAUUGCACCUCGUUCUGUUCCUGUGGUAAAGGACAAUGUGACCCAGUGACCGGCAAGUGCUACUGUCCACCUGGCCGAAUUGGACCAAGUUGCCUUCAAGUGUGUCCCCAGGGAAGAUAUGGCCCCUACUGUCAGCUAAAAUGUCUGUGUAAGAAUGAUGGUGUCUGUGAUCCUAUGAACGGGACUUGUACCUGUGGACUUGGCUGGACAGGAAAAUAUUGUGAGAAAGAAUGCACUCCUGGAAAAUACGGUUCAGGUUGUCAGCUAGAUUGCCCUUGCCAGAAUAAUGGAACCUGUGACAGGUUUACUGGCUGUUGUCAUUGCCCAGAAGGUUAUUAUGGACAUUCCUGUGAACAUACCUGCCCUUCUGGAUUUUAUGGUCUCAAAUGCCUGUAUCCGUGCCACUGCAAAAAUGGAGCUACAUGUCUUGCAACAACUGGGCAGUGCCUUUGUCUUCCUGGCUUCCAAGGCGUACAGUGUGAAAAAGGUUGCACCACUGGGUGGUUUGGUGAUAAAUGUCAACACCGGUGUGACUGUGAAGGAUCAUCUCAGUGUGAUCUGGUGACUGGAAAGUGCCUUUGCCUGCCUGGCAGGACUGGGGACAGGUGUGAAAUUGAAUGCAGGCCAAACAGAUAUGGCCCCAACUGCUCUCAGCAAUGCCAGUGUGCCAAUAAAUCCCAAUGCAAUCCUCGCAACGGGAGAUGCACUUGUCUCCACAAAUGGAUGGGACCAACUUGUGAAGAAGGUGGCCCUCCAAAGCUUCCUUUUUAUGGAGAACAAACUCAGGGGUGA